CGCCGCGCUGUGGACGCCAUUGGCGCGCGAGGGGAGAGAACGCUGGCGACUGCGAGGGAGCGACCGCUGGAGCUUUGAGAAAUUGUGCAGUAAUCAAGCCCAGAGUCUGUAAAACCUUCAGGCAAGAAGAUAAUUAGAAGGCCCAUGUCAUCAGGAGUGCCACUGGAAACCCUUAGGGAAACCAAGAUUACUGAUGUGGAAGACAAUAUUAAAUACAACAUGGAUAAGACGGAAACCAAGGAGUCAGCACUAGAAAAGAUGGAGAAUAUUGAAGCUAUGUCAAAGAGGCAAAGAAAGAAACUAAUGAAACAGAAGCAAUGGGAAGAACAGAGAGACUUGCGCAAGCAGAAACGUAAAGAAAAACGCUUGAAGAGAAAACUGGAGCGUCAGUCUCAGCUGGAUUCAAGCAAUGAAGGAAGUGUCAGGAAACGCAUGCGUAGGAAUGUGGUUCCCAGUACGCUUCGUCUUAUUAUAGACUGCAGUUUUGACAAUUUAAUGGAAUUAAAGGAUGUCAAGAAACUUCACAAGCAGAUUCAGAGAUGUUAUGCAGAAAAUCGCAAAGCACUCCAUCCUGUACAGUUUUAUUUGACCAGCCAUGGAGGUCAGCUGAAAGACAACAUGAACGAAACUGACAAAGGAUGGGUGAACUGGAAGGAUAUCCACAUUAAAUCAGAGCAGUAUAGUGAACUGAUAAAGAAAGAAGACCUUGUCUAUCUUACAUCAGACUCGCCUGAUGUCCUGAAUGAAUUAGAUGAGUCCAAAGCCUAUGUCAUUGGAGGGUUAGUGGAUCAUAAUCAUCAUAAGGGAAUCACGUACAAAAGAGCACAAGAGCAAGGUAUACGUCACGCACAACUUCCACUGGGUAUCUUUGUUAAAAUGAACAGCAGGAAAGUUCUGGCAGUCAAUCAUGUGUUUGAAAUUAUUCUUGCGUACUUGGAAAAGAGAGACUGGGAAGAGGCAUUUUUCACUGUCUUGCCACAACGGAAAGGAGCCAAAUCGCUAAAUGAGAAAAUGGAUAAAUCUGUACAUGUACUUCAAGAUUCAGAAACAGUUCAAGAUGAAGUCUCAGAUAGUGACUAGGUGCAAGUAAAAGUUCAUGUAUGUAAAAGAGCCACAGAUGAGAAGAGGCAGAAGUUGGACAAAUGUGUAGGAAUUCUACACCAUUGUUGUGGUGUGGUGUUAUUUAUGGCAGGGAAGGGCAACACACAAGGCUUGGGGUGACCCACCACAGAAUCCUGGGUGUGUGAACACACUCCAUUGCCACCCCCACUCAAAAUUGGGGUGAGGUAAUUUUUGGCCCCCAGAUGACUAAUAGUGCCUACAGCCUGGGCAUGUGUGUUUGCAUGUAAACUACUGGCCAUAAUUUCAGGCAUUUUUAGCCUUCCUCUUACAAAUCAAGUAGUGAGCAAAAUCCUGUUUGUGACAUUUAAUGUUUUGGGGAAAACACCUAUAUAAGCCACAAACUGCCCUUUAAAAGGUGAGGAGGACCCCAGAAUGCCCUAAAAGGAUGUGACAUGGCCAAAUUUUGAAGGGGUGGGAGAGUUGGGGGCAUGGGGACUCUUGGGGCCACAGAAACUAUUUAAAUAGCCACAUUCAUCCCGCAGAUUGCACUUUAACCCUGCCUCAAGUUAUGACCUGAUGCAUUGCUUAUGUGCUGAUUUCAAGCACUGAAUUUACAUUGCCAUGUCUGAAGUACACACUUUAAAAUACAUGCUUUUUAGUAUCUUUUUAUUAAGCAAAAUUGCAGAUGAAAAAAGGCCUUUAUGUUUCCCAAGGAAGCUGAUAUUUAUUUGCUAUAUUUAGUAUUUUAAUUUUGUGUUUAUCAAGAUAAUUUCCUGUUUUGACCAUGGUAAGAUACCUUUAGUUAGAGUGAAUCUUGGCUUGACUGGAAUUUUUAUAGGGCUUAGUAUUAAUUUGUUCCUGUCCUUCUUUCCACAUUCAUUAUUGGCUCUGCUCUGUCUUUUGACGUAAUUUUUUGUAUUAUUUUAGGCAUCUGUUUGAUGAAUGCUUGACAAAUUCCAAUAUGUUGGAGGAGCCAUUACAGUUUGAGUACCCUAUCUGCAUCUUGAAUGUAAAAAUAAAAUUUUCUCCUAGACUUGUAGGCUCAACAUUGAAAUUUAUUCUUCAUUUUUGCUGAAUGAGAUCCCCUUAUAGCUAGUAUGGUAGCUUUUCUAAGGGCUGUUCUUCAUGGCAAUUUAACUCCUUCCUUCUGAGAGAAAGUAUUUUCACAAUCCCAGUCCAUUCUGCAACUCUGUUACACCAGUUUUACAUGUUUAUUAGGACAUGCCUCUCUUUUUCUCCAAAAUUACUAGGAUUAUUUCUCAGGUCAUUUUCCGUGUAGAAAGAAGCUAUGCUACAGUGUUCUUCUAUUGAAAUCUUCAUGCAAGAAUGGACCCUAAGUGCUAUUGCAGAAUGAUUAAACAUU